GUAAAAAAUAAACGCUGACAGUUUUAAAUAUAUAUUAUAAAGUGUUAAAAUAAAUAAAAAAUCAUGCCUGGUGAACCAACUGUUAGUACAAGUAAUAAAUCCAGUGGAAAAGUAAAAAGAAUUUCAAUUCCGAGAGUACAAAGUAGUACUGAUACAGAGUUACAAUCUCAACAAAGUAGCUCAACUCCUCUUCAGACAACUGCUUUACAUUAUAUUAAUUCACGAUCAGAUGCUGAAGAUACGUCAAUACCUCCAUUACUGCGUUCAAAAUUAUUAGAUUUAUUUCAACAAAUAGAAAAAGAAUUUGAAAUGCUUUGUGUUGAAAAUUUUGGAUUGCAAGAAAAAAUUGAAGCAUUAAAUGAGAAAUUGGAAAGAGAGUGUUAUGGAUUGGGAGAACGCACUUUACCAACUGGAGAUUUCCAAGAUUAUUCUGACAAUAAGCAUCUUGCUAAGCAAAAAUCUAUUGGUGUCAACUCUGUUCAUAAAAUCAAAGCAUCACAUAAAUUAAAAGUUCAAACAAGCAAAAUAGUUUCAAGUUUCAAAAAUCCCACUAUGACUUGCAGUAUGCAAAAGGAAUACAGAGGACAUAAAGAUGGUGUUUGGGAAGUUUCAGUUGGAAGAAUUGGACAACUAGUUAUUACAACAGCUUCAGCUGAUCAUACAGCCAGAGUUUGGGGAAUAGAUAGUUGUCGCUGUUUAUUACAAUAUACAGGACAUAGUGGUUCUGUAAACUCUGUCCGAUUUCAUCCAACAAAAGAUUUAAUAUUAUCAGCAAGUGGUGAUUGGACUGCCCAUAUAUGGCAAGUUGCAGUUAACUGGAACUUAUCAAAGAGAUCAUCUUUAGAAGACUUAAUAACUAUUGGAGAACGUGGAGUUAAUAUAAUUAGUGGAGACAAUUGUGCACCAUUAGAAGAAGAAACAGUUCCUAUUUUGAGAACUCCAAUUAAAGAAUUAGUUGGACAUACAGGAGUUAUUGUGGCUGCUGAUUGGCUUUUUGGUGCUGAACAAAUAGUAACUGCUUCUUGGGAUAGAACUGCUAAUUUAUAUGAUGCAGAAUCUGGUGAAAUUAUUCAUACUCUUUGUGGACAUGAUCAAGAAUUGACUCAUGUAUCAACACAUCAUGCACAGCGAUUAUGUGUUACAUCUAGUCAAGACAAUACUUUUCGAUUGUGGGAUUUUAGAGAACCCUUUCAUUCUGUAUCUGUUUUCCAAGGACACACAGAAACUGUUACAUCAGCAGUAUUUACAAAAGAAGAUAAAAUAGUUUCAGCUUCAGAUGAUAGAAGCAUUAAAGUAUGGGAAUUACGUAAUAUUCGAAGUCCUUUAGCUACUAUACGUGGAGAUAGUUCAGCAAAUAGAUUGGCUGUUUCAUGUACAGGAGUAGUAGCUAUUCCAUAUGAUAAUAGGCAAAUUCGUUUAUUUGAUUUAAGUGGGCAACGCUUAGCAAGAUUACCAAGAACAAGUAGACAGGGUCAUCGACGAAUGGUUUGUUCAGUAGCUUGGACGGAAGAUAUCAAUAAUUCCUGCAAUUUAUUCUCUUGUGGCUUUGAUAGACUUGUACUUGGUUGGAGUAUUUUACCAAUUAAAGAUGCUUGAAACACUUUUG